AUGCAGCAACAACUUACUCUGCUGCUGCAACAGCAGCAGCAGAAACCCCUGGCGCCCGAAGCAGCAGCAGCAGCAGCAGCAGCAGCAGCUAGCAGGACGCCUAGCAGCGACACCAAUGGUCAAGGUGCACCUUAUACAUCCCUGUAUCGCACAGCAGAGGAGCAGCAGCAGGAUAACGCAGCAGCAGCAGCAGUAGCAGCAGCAGCAGCAGACCCGAUGCAGCUGCAACUCGACGGUGUAUGUACACCUGAACCCUCCCCAGCAGCAGCAGCAGCAACAACACCAACACCUGCUGCUGCUCCUGCUGCAGCAGAUCCAACCGUCCAAGCAGCAGCCUUUGGUGCAGCAAACCCUAUUAAGGAUGAGCAGCUCCAAGGACAACUGCAGCAGCAGCAGCUGCAGCAGCAGUUGGAGCAGCAGCAGCAAUUACAACAGCAGCAGCUGCAGCAGCAGCAGCAGCUACAACCACAGUUGCAGCAUCCUGCUGCGCUGCAUGACGUAGGUGCUGCUGCAGAGCAGCUCCCAUUGGAGCACCAACUGCAACAGCAGCAACUGCAGCAGCAGCAACUGCAGCAGCAGCUAGAGCAGCAGCAGCUGCAUCAGCUGCAGCUGCAGCAGCUAGAGCAGCAGCAGCACGACAUGGUAUCUAUGUAUCAUGUUGCUGGUGGUGUAGAUGUAUCCUCUGCUUUGCUGCUGCAGCAGCAGCUGCUGCUGCAGCAGCAGCUAAAGCAGCAUCAGCAGCAGCUGCUGCAGCAAGACUAUGGUGCAGGUGUAAAAGGUUUGCUGCUGCCGCAGCAGCAGCUGCUGCCUCCUACACCGCAGCAGCACCAGCUAGACCAGCAGCAGCAGCAGCAGGACUUCGAGCAGCAGCAGCAGCGAACAGCAUUGCCUAAAGUUGUUGGCGUCCGCUUCGAUAAAGAUGGUACCCGUCUUGGUGCGGACGGUGCUGCUGAUGCAGCAGCAGCAGCAGCAGCAGCUGCUGCUGCUGCAGUGGGUACAACCCCUGGUGCUGGAGGAGCAGGUGCAGCAGGUGGUGCAGCAGGAGCAUCAGGCGCAGCAGCAGGUGCAGCAGGUGGUGGAGAAGGAGGAGAUUCAUCUUCCUCUUCCUCAUCAGCAGCAGGAGCAGCAGCAGCAGCAGCAGAAGAAGGAAGAGAGGACGAUGACGAUCCGGGAUCGGCUUGGAUCCCAGAGGGGAGACGGGGAUCGACACGAUCCCAGCUAAGGAGGAGACGAAUAGUAAGCAGCAAGUUUUCCCCUGAGGGUGUGGGGUCUGUUAAGAGACACAGGAGACCAAUUACUCCUGCUGCUGCUGCUGCUGCUAAUCCUGCUGCAGCAGCAGGUGCACCAGGAGCAGCAGGAGGUGUUGCAGGUGCAGCUACAACACCUGCUGCAGCUGCUGCCGCAGCUGCAGCAGCAGCAGCUGCAGCAGCAGGAGCUGGAGGUGCUGGGAUACCUGGGAAGGCACCUCCAUCUGUAGCUGCUGCUCAGGCUGCUGCAGCAGCAGCAGCUGCAGCUGCUGCAGGUAUGCCGGGUCUGGAUCCUGCUGCUGCUGCUGCUGCUGCAACAGCAGCAGCAGCAGCAGGACCCUGUGGUAUGGGUCAGCUGUUCGGCAGCAACGAGUACCUUGAUGGAUCUAUUGGCUCUUUCUUGGAUGCCUACCUAAGAGGAGACGCAGCAGCAGCAACGAUGAAUCUCCCGCUGCAGCUGCCUAAGGUUGAUGAUGCUGCAGCAGCAGCAGCAGCUGCUGCUGCUGCUGCUGCUGCUGCAGCAGCAGCCGGAGGAGGAGCAGCACCCGGUACGGCUGGAGCUACACACCCAACAGGAACAGCAGCAGCAGCACUACAGAAUGGUGCAGCAGCAGCAGGUACACCUGUUGGCACGGAUGCUGCUGCUGCUGCUGCAGGCUCCCUUAUGGCAGCAAAUAGGCAGCAGCAAGCUGCUGCUGCUCCUGUUCUUGUUGGAAGACUGCAGCAGCAGCAAGCAUCGGCAGCAACGCCAGGGAGCGCAGACACGACGAAGGAUCUAGCUGCAGCAGCAGCAGCAAGAGAUAGAGAGGCGCAACAGCAACGGCAGCAGCAGCAGCCUAAGCUGCAGGGAGUUGCGGAUACACCCCAAGGUUUCCCAAUGGAAGGAUUAGGAACUGAGAACGGGGAAGGUUUAUCUGCUGCUCCUCUUUGUGCUGCUCCUUCUCCUUUUGCUUCCCUCCUUGAGUUAGCGUCUGUUGGUAAGUUUGGUGUUGGUGGUGUUGAUGGGUUUGGAGGUUUUGGAUCAUUAGGAGGAGGUGGAUCGUUAUUACCUGGAUCUGCUGCUGCAGCUGCUGCUGCUGCUGCUGCUGCUGAUAGUAAUGGUGUAUUAAUGCAGCUGAUGGGUGCUCCUCAACUUGGUGCAGCAGGAGGUGGACCUGCAGCAGCAGCAGCAGCAGCAAAUAAUGCAGCAGCAGUAGCAGCAGCAGCAGGAUUAGGUGCAUCAUUCCCUGGUGCAGGUGCAGCAUCACCAGCAGCAUUUGGUUUGUUGCAGUUACAGCAGCAGCAGCAAGGUGCUGCUGCAGCUGCAGCAGCAGCAGCAGCAGCAGCAGCAGCAGGUGCUGAUAGUUUGGGUCUAUAUAAGGAGAUAAUUAUAUUUUUGCUUUUUUCUCUAAGAAAUUUCCUAGAGACAUCGUUAUCUGCUGCUGCAGCAGGAAUACCUGCAUUAGGUAAUCCUAGUAAUCCUGCUGCUGCUGCUGCUGCAGCAUUAUCACCACCAACUGCAGCAGCAUCAGCAGCAGCAGCUGCAGCAGCAGGUACACCUGCAGCAACAGGUAAUAAUACACCUGUACCAUCACAACAACAGCAGCAACAGCAACAACAACAACAACAGCCAACAACUGGUGAUGCAGCAGCAACAGGACAAAACAGCAGCAGCAACAGCAGCAGCAGUAAUACAACAAAUGCUGCUGCAGCAACAACAGAUCCAACAACAACAACAGCAACAACAACAACAACAACAACAGACCCAUCAACAGCAACAGCAGGAGAAGGUACAACAACAACAACAGCAGCAACACCUGGCACUACUCCUCAACAACAGCAACAGCAACAGCAACAGCAACAGCAGCAACAACAGCAGCAACAACAGCAGCAACAACAGCAGCAACAACAGCAACAGCAACAACAAUUAGGUAUAUCAUAUAUGAAUAAUACAAACGGAUCAUCAUCAUCAUCAUCACCAUCAACAACAACAACAACAACAACAACAACAACAACAACAACAGCAGCAACAACAGGAACAGGAGGAGGAACAGGAACAGGAACAGGAACAGGAACAGGAACAGGAACAGGAGGAGGAACAGGAGGAACAGGAACAGGAGGAGGAAUAGGAGGUAUAUUAUCAUCAUCAUCAUCAUUUUUAUAUGAUAUAUUAUAUUCAUUAGAAGGACAUAUAUUAUUUGUAUUUAAUUGUUAUAAAUUAAAAGAAUUAAUUUUUUAUUUAAAUUUAUUAUAUCCAUCUAUAACUAAGAAAUUAUUACUGCAGCAGCUACCGCAUGCACAACUUAUGAGAAUUAUUAAGAUAUUAAUUAUACAAAGACCUAACUUUGAUCUAUUACAGCUGCAACAACAGCAACAGCAACAGCAACAACAGCAGCAAGUGCAGCAGCAACAGCAGCAAGUGCAGCAGCAACAAGUGCAGCAGCAACAGCAAGUGCAGCAGCAACAAGUGCAGCAAGUGCAGCAAGUGCAGCAACAGAUAUUAGAUAAUAGUGGAAUCACCACGACACAACAUGAUACUCAUCCUCAUCAUCCUCCUGCUGCUGCUGGAUUGCAACAAGUGCAGCAAGUGCAGCAAGUGCAGCAGCAACAAGUGCAGCAAGUGCAGCAACAAGUGCAGCAAGUGCAGCAGCAAGGUGUUGUUGAUCAACAACAACAACAUGGUAGUAAUAAUAGUACAGGGACAGGAGGAGGAGCAACAACAACAGGAAAUGAUCCUGCUACUACAACAACAACAACAACAACAGCUGCUGCAGCUGCUGCAGCUGCUGCUGCUGCAGCUACACUUAGCAUGCAACAACAAAUGGCUGCAGGUCUGCUACAUUUUAAUCAAGGGUUAUGUCCUCCUCAUCCAACAACUUUUCCUAUUCCUUCUCCUCCUCCUCAUCCUCAUCAUCCUCAUCCUCCUAUUGAUGCUGCUGCAGCAGCAGCAGCAGCAGCUGCAGCAGCUGCAGCAGCAGCAGGUGGUGCAGCAACAGCACCACCUAAUACUGCUGUAACAGCAACACAUCAUCUACUUGGUGCACCUAUACAAGAUCAUCAACAACAGCAGCAACAGCAGCAACAGCAACAGCAACAGCAGCAGCAACAGGCUACAACAGGAGGAGUUGUUGUUGAGCCGACACAAGCAGCAGCAGCAGCAGCAACAACAACAACAACAGCAACAGCAACAGGAUCUACACGUCCUGAUGUUAUACAACAAGACACUGCAGCAGCAGCAACAACAGGAACAACAGGAACAACAGCAGCACAGGGGGGAGAUGUAUUAGUAGGAACAACAACAACAACAACAACGGGACUAUCUACACCAGCUGAUAACAAUGCAGCUGCAGCAGCAGCAGCAGCAGCAGCAGCAGCGUCUACAACCACUGCAGAUGCAGCAGCAGCAGCGUCUACAACCGCUGCAGCAGCGCCUGCAGCAGAUGCACAAACAGCAGCAGCAGCAGCAGCAGCAGCGCCUGCUGCAGCAGCACAAGAACAGCCAUUGUCUAAGUCAUUAUUUGCUGAGUCCCUUCAAGAACAACAAAGACAACAACAACAGCAGCAGCAGCAGCAGGAACAGCAGCAGCAGCAACAACAACAACAACAACAAUCUGCAUGUACAGAUGCACAACAGCAGGAAUGUAGUGUAGGUGCAUUAGCUCCUGCUGCUGCUGCUCCUCCUCCUCCCUCUGGUGAAGGUGACCUGCAGCAGCAGCAGCAACAACAGCAACAGAUGCCUGUAGAUUCAACGCCCGAAACAGCAACAGCAGCAGCAACAGCAGCAGCAGCAGCAGCAGCAAGUGAGCCUGCAACAGGAGAGGCAGGUGGUGAGGUAAGCGCCGCUGCUUAA